CUCCUAUUAUCAGCUGCGGGACUCCCCCUUUCACUUCCUCCCCUCCCCCGACCUGCUCGAAGUAAAACGACCGUCCCUAGUGCUCCAACUUUCUUUGCCUCUGCAUCUCCUAAAGUCAUAGGAUGGCAGCAUUUCUGAAAUCCCUUCGGAAUCUGAAGAAUGAGAUUGUUCUAUUCUCUACCCCGUUACUUCUUCUCCCGCUGCCUUUAGUCAUUGGAACAAAGGAGGCAGCAUGUGCCUAUGUGAUCAUCCUGAUGGCAGUGUACUGGUGUACAGAGGCCUUACCGCUGGCUGUCACUGCCCUGCUCCCUGCUGUCCUCUUCCCCAUGUUUGGCAUCAUGCAGUCCAAAGAUGUGUGUAUGCAGUACCUGAAGGACACCAACAUGUUGUUUGUGGGAGGACUGAUGGUGGCGGUGGCAGUGGAGCACUGGAACUUGCACAAACGCAUUGCCCUCCGAGUGCUGCUCUUUGUAGGGGUGCGCCCCGCUCUUCUGAUGCUGGGCUUCAUGGGGGUGACAGCCUUCCUGUCCAUGUGGAUCAGUAACACAGCCACCACAGCCAUGAUGGUGCCCAUCGUCCAGGCUGUUCUGGAGCAGCUCAACAACUACACAGAGACUGAGAUGCCUGUGAACCUCAGUACUGAGGAGAACCCCCAACCUCAGGACCCCACUGACAGCAAACAGACGGAGAAACAGGCAGAGGGACAUGUUGUGGUGACCUGUUUAGACCCGUUUGUGGAGGCUAUCCGGCGUAAGGAGGCUGCAGACAAGAAGAAGAUGUGUAAGGGCAUGACGCUGUGUGUGUGCUACGCUGCCAGCAUCGGGGGCACUGCCACCCUCACAGGGACUGGCCCCAACCUGGUGCUCAAGGGACAGAUGAAUCAGCUGUUUCCUAACAAUGGCGAUGUCAUCAAUUUUGCGUCCUGGUUCGGCUUUGCUUUCCCCAACAUGAUUCUGAUGCUGACCCUGGCUUGGCUCUGGCUGCAGUUUGUCUUUAUGGGAUUCAAUUUUAAGAAGACGUGGGGCUGUGGGGCAGUGAAGACAGAGAAAGAGAUAGCUGUGUACAAUGUGAUCAAGGAGCAGCAUCGUCAGCUGGGCUCCAUGUCUUUUGGAGAGCUGAGUGUGCUGGGUCUGUUCAGUUGUCUGGUGGUUCUGUGGUUCACCAGAGAUCCUGGCUUCGUGGCAGGCUGGGCCACAUACAUCUUCAAUGCUGAUGCAGAAUAUGUAACUGAUGCCACAGUGGCAGUGUUCAUCGCUGUCCUUCUCUUCGUCCUGCCUUCCAAGCCCCCACGCUUCUGUUGCAGGAGGUCCCAAAGCUUUGACACUGAGCACCAACGCCCAGCUGACCCCACACCAGCUCUGCUGACCUGGAAGGUGGCCCAGAAGAAGUUACCCUGGAGCAUUGUUCUCCUCUUGGGGGGAGGGUUCGCCCUGGCCAAGGGCAGCGAGGAGUCAGGUCUGUCUAUGUGGAUGGGGGACCAGAUGACUCCCCUCCACACCAUCCCACCCUGGGCCAUCGCUAUCAUCCUGUGUCUGCUGAUCGCCAUCUUCACAGAGUGCACCAGUAAUGUGGCCACUGCCACUCUCUUCCUACCUGUCCUCGCCUCAAUGUCCCAGUCCAUUGGAAUGAAUCCUCUGUACGUCAUGGUGCCUUGUACUCUCAGUGCUUCCUUUGCCUUCAUGCUACCUGUGGCCACACCACCCAAUGCUAUCGUCUUCUCAUACGGCUACCUCAAGGUUUCUGACAUGGCUAGGACAGGUAUAGUGAUGAACAUCAUCGGCAUCCUGUGCAUCACUCUGGCCAUCAACAGCUGGGGCAGGGCCAUGUUCCACCUAGACACCUUCCCUACUUGGGCCAACACUACUGGUGUUUGAGGGCACCAAGGGGCCCCGGUCCACACCAUGAGGAAUGCACAUAGAGGGCCCCUAAUGUGCCAUGGACCUCUGGCGAGAAAGGCACCAACGUGACUGGUCGUGUUAGGUUGUUGGGAGAAAAGCCACAUAGCUUCCAUUACAAAGGACACUUGAAUCACCCUGUGGAAAGAGAGGAUGGAUGGAUGGAUGAGUGGGUGGGUGGGUGGAUUGGAGGAUGAGUUUAACUGGAGAGAAGAAUGAGGUUAAAAGUAGCACUGCUGUACUUUUAAUGCUGUGAUGUGUUAUACAGAGUAUGUUCAGUUCCAUUUAAAAUGCCCAAGUAUUAUCUCCAUCACAUUAUCAUGUUCUCAACUUCUCACUCUCAGAAGAAGGUUCUGUCUCAUAUUUGUUGGUCUGUUUAUAUCUCAAGACCCAUAGUUGAAAUCCAUUUGGGGUUUAAGAUUUUUGAUAAAAUGUUAAUUUGCACAAAACAGCUUCUGAACUAUGUUUCCAUGACCAAAUAAUGUCAUCUUCUCUGCUCUCUGCUCAUCUAUAGUCUUAUAUUAACUUGUUUUAAUUUUGCUCGUAAUCAAUGGUGAAACAUGGUGCAUUGUACUACCGACCCCAUUUGAACUUUGAAUACUGUAUGACUGUAUAACUUGAGAUCCCUCUGUACACACUUUUCUAAACUUGAAUCAUUGGGGCUGGAAAAUGCAAAACAUAUUGAAAACUCCGAUAUGUGAAUAUACUGUACGAUGGUUACUGUGUGCUGACACUUUGAUGUUUCUCCUUUGUUAUAACAGUAAUAUAAUAUGUAAUUCAAUACUUUUUAUUGAAUUAUUGGUAUAUUAUCUUGAUCAAAAGUUGUAUAUUUAUGAGAUGUAAUAUAGUUUAUAGUGUAUUGUAUAUGGUGCUUGCUAUUGCACCCUCUGAAAUGGACAACAUGUCAAAGGUAAUGUCUGGGCUGCUUGCAUGUACAGUCAGAGAUGGGCAAAAAUGACAAGAUACAAUUACAAAAUACAAUUACAGAAUACAAUUACAGAAUACAAUUACAAAAUACCAUAAAGAUCAAUGUAUCAAAAUAAACUACAAAAUACUUGUAUUUUGAAAUGUAUUUAAUUAAAUUACAUGUAUUUUGUAUUUUAAAAUACAGAAAUAGAUUUGCAAGUUGCUGGCCCGAACUGCAACAACAUUCUCAGUAACGGUUACAGAAAUGUUUUACUUGCUAUGACUGUGAUAUGUUGUUGUUUAUCUACCUUAGGUGAAUGCACUGACUGCAUAUGUGAAAAUGAACAUACCAAACUCAACUGCAAAGUACACUGUGUAUUAUUAUUGGCCUUGUUUCGGGGUCAUGUCUAGAUGGGAUACAGCUUAACCUAAUUUUCUAACCUGCUAAUAAGUUAAUUCUCCUAACCUACUGCGUAAGUCCUCCUAAACCUGCUAUGAAAAGUCCAUUUUGACAAAGCUGUGUCCCUUUUACACAAAACCUUUUUUUCGGGGCGAAGCUCAUUAGAAUAAUACUCUGCUUGCUUUGCAAUUGUCCAUUUUUACAUACACUUUUAUAUUUAGUUCAUUUAGCAGACCACACCAUAGUGCUGUUAGACUUCUGAUACCAAUGCAAGGUGAAAGGGAGCCACAAAAUGGUGAACCUCUAUACGAAAUGAAAAUACUAAUUACUGUACAGCUCUUGAAAGUAUCUUGUUACAAAAUGUAGUUCAGCCCAGUGUAAUACAAAUGACAAAAUACAUCUCUGUACAGUGUCUUAUAGGAAAAUAAAAAAUGUAUUCAUCUUAA